AUGUCAUUAUGGUCAGAAUUAGCUGUACAAGGAUCUAAUUUGCUUCUUUAUCUUACAAGAAGAGAAUAUAAAAUAACAAGAAAUUAUGUUAAAAAUAAAACCAGUUCCUUAGAAAGCGCGAAAAAUAAAGAAGAAUUUAGAAGUAUUUGCUUAAGCUUGGCUAACUAUCUAGUUAAUCAUGAAUAUGUACGUCCAAAUGAUAUUUCUCAAGAAAAAUGGGAACUAGUUCUUAGGGUAUGGUUAAGAAAUCUCUUUAAUAAGAAAACUAAAUACGGCCAAUGUCCUAUAAUUUUUGAUAAAAAUGAAAAAGAGCUUUUACAAUUAUCAUACAACGCAGAAGAUUUCUUUGAAAUAAAUAAUACUUAUCUCCAAGAACUAAAAUUUUACGGAAAACAAAAUACUAAUAACUAUAAUUGUAAAAGUGAUCUAAAAUGUAUAGCUAAAUGCAACAAAUAUAAAGAAUGGUUUGAGAACAGGAAGAGCCAUUUUGAGAAAGACAAAACCUUCAAUGAAUAUAAAACCAAAUGUAGACAGAAAAGAAACACAUUUCCAAGAUCCGUAUGUAACUUAGUGAAACAACAUACAUUUAGAAAAAUACCUAAAUGCAUAGAAUCAGAUAUACAAAUGAGUAAAAAAACCAAAACUGCAGAAAUGCAAGAAAGUUCACAAGAAAGGCAUGGAGGAAGCACAAUUCAAGAUUCUACUUUUCCCCCAAUUACUGAUCCGUCUCCAAAAGAAUUAUCACCAAAUGAAGAAAUUUCACCCAAUCUAGAACCCCCAUCUCAACAGGAUGCUUUAUCUCAAAUUGCAUCUCCACAUCAACAGGUUGCUUCAUCUAAACCAGAAUCAUUACCUCUACCGGAAGUACAAUUAAAUUCCCACCAAUCCGAAUCUGUGUCUCCAGAUCACCCCAGUGCAAUAAAUUCAUCCUUAGAAGCACACACUACAAAAGAAAUAACGUUAGAAUUUUCUGUAAAUUCUGAUACUUCUAAUUCCAUAGCAGCACAUAAAUCUAUAAAAAUUCCUCAAACCAGUGGAAUCUCGGGAGUUCCUACACAACUUGUAACUACACAGUUAUCUCAUAAUGAAUCACCAUCUGCCUCAAGUUCUGCUAAAUAUAUACCCAUCCAAAUGCCAGGACAUUUAAAAAAAAAAAAAAAGUUAAGAAAAGAAGUAAAAUUUCUGAAAUUGCUAGUACCAUCACGUUCUUGGAAAAAAAGACACUUUUUAACACAUGAUAAAUUAGAAAAUCCAAAACGUAAUGACGAAGAAAUUAUUAAAAAAAUAAUGAUAAAAGACCUUAACAUUAUGCAGAAUGUAAAUGCAUCCAUCCGAAAAAAGAGAAUGUCCAAAACUAUUAUAGAAGUGCAUAUGGAGGUUCUCGAAGAAUGCAAAAAUGAAGAAAUGAAAUUAAAAGGAGGAGAAUAUUUGGAAAUAUGCCUAAAAGAGUUCACAGAAGAUAAAAAUGGAAACUAUUCUAAUUUAACAAAUGACGAGAUAUUAAUAGAAAAUACUAAAAAUACCAAUGGCAUGCAAAAAAAAAAAAUUCUAUGGAAUGAAUGGAUAGAAAAUAAUAGAAAUCUUUCUGAAAAAUUUAAAGAAACAGAUUGGUUUAACAAUUUGAAAAAUGAAUGGAAAAGAAAAAAAGUUUAUAUAAAAAAAUCUGGAGAAUUAAAAAAGAACCAUACAGGUGAAAUUCAAAAAGUUCCAUUUUUAGAAACAAAAAAGAAUAUAUGGAAACUUUGGAUAUCAGAAAAGCGUAUCAUUAUAGAGCGAUACUUGGAACAGGAAUGGUGUAACGAAUUCACACAAGAAUUUCGGCAUAUUUUAGAAGAAUAUGAAAAUGAAGACACUAAAAAUGAUAUAUCACUAAUAAAUAUACAAGAAUUAGAACACAAGGAAAAUUAUGAAGAAAUAUAUAAAUAUAUAAAAAAAAAAUUGUUGUCAAAACUGUGUAUACUCGUACUUAUGACGAUAUUAGAAGAAUGCAACAAAGAGGAUUUUAUAGAGAAUAAUGAAUCAAUGUUUGAUAUUUCUAUAAAUGAAUGUAUUAAAAAAUAUGAUUCGGAUAGGAAAUCAAAAAUUACAGAAAAUAUAGCUGAAGCUAAAGAAAAUAUUUUAAUGUAUACAGGAAAUAAAAAAAUUCACAGUUAUAAAGACGAAGACCGUUAUUCACAGGAACUAGAAGAUUGGAUAAGAGAAGAUGAUGCAUAUUUAAAUGCUAUAAAUAUUGAGAAUGAAAUAAGCAAAUCUUAA